AUGGAACAUCUUUCCGUGCUGGGGUGGCAGUGUUGUCGGCCCGGGAAUGCCUCACAGCAGAAGUCUGACAGAACUAGGGAGUCUGGUUCCCCCGAUGAUUGUGACAAUGAGCAGAGCGGUGAUGGAUGGCUGGUGUCUGCGGCAGUAAAUCCGGCCUCGUUGGAGCGUCAACCCCUCUCCAACCUGCGGCGUGAGGCUCUCAGUGGCACGAAAGAGUCCUCUCAGUGUGUCCCCAGCAGAGUAUGUGAGUGCAACGAGGAGCUGAGCGAGGAGCUGAGCGAGGAGCGGAGCGAGGAGCGGAGUGUACCCAUUUUGACUGGAGCGUGGAGCGAGAUUCCCAAAGGCUGGAGCCUGGCAGCCUGGCUGAAGGCCAACGUACAGUACUCACACGUCCUGGAGAGGAUACAGCCACUGGAGAGAGAACAGGCUGGGCUACUGGAGAACUUGAGAAAGACAGAGAGUCGGAAGACUAAACUGGAGGAUCAGCUCAACUCUGUGGGGCAGAAAGUCAACGAGCUGAAAGAAAAGUUCCAGUCUCGUACUACAGAGGCAGCUAAGCUGGAGGCUGAGGUCAGUAAGGCCCAGAAGACCAUCCAGACAGCAGAGCAACUCAUACACCAACUGGACGGAGAACACACACGCUGGAAUGCCCAGGUGGAUGAGAUCACUGAGGAGUUGGAUACGUUGCCUAAGAGAGCGAUGCUGGCAGCAGCUUUCAUCACAUACCUGUCUGCUGCUCCAGAGGACAGGAGACGAACCAGCCUGGAGACAUGGAUGAAGGCUUCUGGACUACAGAAGUUUGACCUGCGGCAUUUCCUGUGCUCUGAGAGUGAGCAGCUGAUCUGGAAAAGUGAAGGCCUGCCCUCAGAUGACCUGUCUAUGGAGAACGCCCUGGUUAUACUGCAGAUCAGUGCGAUCAGAUCACGGAGUGUUGCUUGUCCUUUCCUCAUCGACCCCUCCUCUCGAGCUACAGAGUGGCUUCGUACUCACCUGAAGCAGCAUCGCCUCGAGGUCAUCAAUCAGCAGGACCCUAACUUCAUCACGUCUCUGGAGCUGGCUGUGCGUUUUGGGAAAACGCUGAUCAUCCAGGAGAUGGAUGGAGUGGAGCCGGUUCUCUACCCACUACUGAGGAGAGACCUAAUAACACAGGGUCCGCGGUAUGUGGUUCAGAUAGGUGAUAAGGUGAUAGAUUAUAACGAGGAGUUCCGUCUGUUCCUGGCCACGCGUAACCCCUCCCCCUUCAUCCCCCCUGACGCUGCCUCUGUCGUCACUGAGGUCAACUUCACCACCACCAGAGCUGGCCUGCGAGGACAGCUCCUAGCUUUGACCAUCCAGCAGGAGAAGCCAGAGUUAGAGACCCAGAAGACCCGUCUGUUACAGCAGGAGGAGGACAAGAAGAUCCAGCUAGCCACGCUGGAAGAGUCUCUGUUAGAGACUUUGGCUACAGCUCAGGGGAAUAUCCUGGAGAAUAAGGAGCUGAUCGAUUCUCUGAACCAGACCAAGUCUAGCAGCGCCCUCAUACAGGACUCACUGAGGGAGUCACACAGACUCCAGGCCUCCCUGGACCAGGAGCGUGAUGCAUACCUUCCGUUAGCUGAAAGUGCCAGUAAGAUUUAUUUUGUCAUAACAGACCUCUCUAGGAUCAACAACAUGUACCGUUUCAGCCUGGCCUCCUUCCUACGUCUGUUUCAGAGAGCACUGCAGAGCAAGAAGGAUGCAGAGACUACGGAGGCCAGGAUAGCAGCCCUGGAGGCCAGUCUGAAGAGCAUGGUGUACGAAUACGUCUGCCGCUCACUCUUCAAGGCUGACCAGCUGAUGUUUGCCAUGCACUUUGUCAGAGGGAUGCAUCCAGACCUCUUCCAAGAGAAUGAGUGGGAUGCCUUCACUGGCCUUGUAGUAGGGGAUAUGGUGAGAAAGGCGGAUACCCAGAAAUCUUUGCAGGAGCAGAUUCCUUCCUGGAUCGAUCAAGAGAGACUUGGAGCUGUAGCCAUGUUCAAGAGUACAUUCCCAGGCCUGUACCAGUCUCUGUGUCUGAGUGACUCGGAUCUCUGGCUCUCCUUCUCACGGAGCUCCAACUGUGAACAGGAAGUCCCGCCCUCCAUCGCCAAGAAGAUCAAACCGUUCCAGCAGGUGCUGUUGGUUCAGGCCAUCAGGCCAGAUAGACUACAGAGUGCCAUGGCUGCCUUCACCUCGCAGGCCCUGGGUAUGAGGGAGUUGUCUCCUCCUCCUCUGAACCUGAGGAGGUUGUACAGUGAGACUCUGGAGAUUGAACCUGUCCUCAUCAUCAUCUCCCCUGGAGCAGAUCCCUCCCAGGAACUACUGGAGCUGGCCUCAGAAACUGUAGGACGGGACAACUACCACGAGGUGGCAAUGGGCCAGGGCCAGGCUGAUGUGGCCUUAGCCACUCUGAGAGAGUGUUCCCACAGCGGAGGCUGGCUCUGCCUUAAAAACCUUCACCUGGUGACUGCGUGGCUGCCCCUGCUAGAGAAGGAGCUGAAUGUUCUGCAACCUAAGGCAGGCUUCCGUCUCUGGCUCACUGCUGAGGUCCAUCCCAAGUUCCCCCUCAUCCUGCUGCAGUCCAGCCUCAAGAUCACCUUCGAGGCUCCUCCUGGUCUAAAGAAGAACUUGUUGAGGACCUAUGAAACGUGGAGCCCAGAGCAGAUCAGUAAAGGUGGUCUGCUGUCCAGAGCCCAGUCCCUCUUCUGCCUCGCAUGGUUCCAUGCUGUCUGCCAGGAGAGACGUAACUACAUCCCCCAGGGAUGGACUAAAUUCUAUGAGUUCUCUCUGUCUGAUCUGCGGGCUGGCUUUGAGAUCAUCGACCGUCUGUUUGAUGGUGGUAAGGUGUUCCAGUGGGAGUUUGUCCAUGGUCUGUUGGAGAAUGCCAUCUAUGGAGGCAGGAUAGACAACCCAUGUGACCUGAAGAUCCUCCGCUCCUACCUGGAACAGUUCUUCUCCUCACACCUCCUCUCUGCCUCAGCCAAUCACAACCAACGCAGCAAGAGAGGCCACACCUUCCCUUCUCAGAUCAGCCUGCCCAACUCCUGCUCCAUACUGGACUAUCGUGGUGUGAUAGAGAAUCUUCCAGAAGAUGACCGGCCAGCGUUUUUCGGCCUGCCUGCAAACAUCGAACGCUCCUCGCAGAGAAUCAUCAGUUCUCAGGUGAUCUCCCAGCUGAGGAUUCUGACCCGCUCGGUAGCAGCAGGAUCAAAGUUUGACAGGGAGAUCUGGUCCAAUGGCCUCUCUCCUGUCCUCAACUUAUGGAAGAAACUCAACCAGGGCUCGUCGCUCAUCCAUCAAAAAGUUGCCCCACCGACUGAAGGUCAGGGGUCACCUGUCUUGUCCUUCAUUGUUCUGGAACAGUUCAAUGCUAUCCGAUUGGUCCAGGGCAUCCACCAAUCCCUGGCUGCGCUGAGUAAGGUGAUCAGAGGGACUUCGCUGCUCACCGCUGACGUCCAGAAACUGGCCACUGCUCUACUCAACCAGGAGUGUCCGUUGAGCUGGCAGAAUAAGUGGGAGGGGCCAGAGGAACCCAUGCAGUACCUGAGGGCUGUGGUGGCACGGGCUCUUGCUAUACAGAGUUGGGUGGAGCGUGCUGAAAGACAGGAUCUACUGUCUGAUGCUGUUGAUCUGUCUGAACUCUUCCACCCUGAUACCUUCCUCAACGCCCUGCGACAGGAGACUGCCAGGUCUAUGGGCUGUUCCAUGGACAGUCUGAAGUUUGUGUCAUCAUGGAAGAGUCCCAUAACAGAGGCUCAACUCCAAGUCAAGGUGGGUGGUCUGCAGUUGGAGGGCUGUAGUUUUGAUGGGGCUCGUCUGUUUGAGAACCGACAUGACUCCCCCAGUGUGUCAGCUGUACCUGCCUGCUACAUGGCCUGGAUAGCACAGUGUUCCAGUGGCAGCUACGGUCCUGAGGAGGUCAUCUCUCUGCCUGUGUACACCAGCUCAGAGCGGGUCAGCGUGGUGACUCACGUCACGCUGCCUUGUGGAGGAAACCCUGACCAGUGGAUUCAGAAUGGAGCGGCCCUCUUCCUCAAACAGCAGUGAGACAGCCGGGCCAGGGAGCUAGAAGAGGGAGCUGCGGUAGGGGUUGGACUGAAGGAGCACAGAGGGUACACAUGUUUCUCAGGAAGGUUAUCGGGCUUCACUACAGGUGUUUGUUGUUGGUUUUUAAGUGGCGAUAGUCUCCAAUGUAAUGUGUAAUGGCACAUGCUGGUUCUUAACUAUGUUUGAUGUCACGUUGCAUUGUGAAUGUUGAUGUUUUAAUGUUUACUCUUUAGUAUCAUCGUAGUCUGUUUGAAUGUAUUAUUGUGAUAAUAAAGCUUUAUUUACUCUAGA